AUGUCCUCGCAGUACGGCAAGGCCCCUUUCCUCGACCGCGCCGCGACCGCCGUGCCUCGUACUGUGCCGACACCGGUGUUCGACCACAGGUCCACCGAGUUCAAGGGAGAAGACGGCAGGUCGUACCCCGUUGUCCCGGAUUCCAUGACCAAGAUCAAGAACGUCACCGUGCGCUUUACGGCCGAGUUCAUUGCCGAGCUCAAGGCCCGCGUGGGAAUCCGCUCUAGCACGUUCCAGUGCCUGCUCGCGCAUGCGUGGAAUAAGAUCACGGGGGCACGCGGCCUGAAGCCCGAGCAGUUCACGCAGGUGAGGGUGGCCGUGAACUGCCGGGCCAGGGCCAGCCCUCCCGUGCCGCCGGACUUCUUUGGGAACAUGGUGCUCUGGGCGUUCCCGAGGCUUCGGGCCCGGGACGUCCUGGGCUGGAGCUAUCGCGGCGUGGUGGAGGCCAUCCGCGACGCCGUCGCCCGCGUGGACGCCGAGUACAUCCAGUCGUUCGUGGACUUCGGCAGCGUAGCGGACGCUACCGGGGAGGGGCUCGUGGCGACGGCGGCGGCCAAUGGCACAAUGUUCUGUCCAGACCUGGAGGUGGAUAGCAGCCUGGGUUUCAGGUUCAACCAGAUUGACCUCGGCACUGGGCCGCCCUCCGCGUUCAUCACGCCGGACCUGCCCAACGAGGGCCUCAUGAUCUUCUUGCCGUCGUGCGCGGCCAGUGGUGGCGUCGACCUCAUCAUGGCCAUCCCGGAGGAUCAUGAUCAUGAUACGGCGACCUUCUACUCCUUGGAUGAAAGAGCUAAACCAAAGAUGUAA